AUGUAUAUAAGGACCUGACGGCCGCUCUGCAAGCACCGUCCUCAGAGGAGCAGCAGCGGGUCUCCUCACGCACAGCCGGGCACGAGCAGAGUCAUGUGUGACGACGAUGAGACCACCGCUCUUGUGUGCGACAACGGCUCCGGCCUGGUGAAGGCCGGCUUUGCUGGAGACGAUGCGCCCAGGGCCGUGUUCCCCUCCAUCGUGGGCCGCCCCCGUCACCAGGGCGUGAUGGUCGGCAUGGGUCAGAAGGACUCGUACGUGGGCGACGAGGCUCAGAGCAAGAGGGGCAUCCUGACUCUGAAGUACCCCAUUGAACAUGGCAUCAUCACCAACUGGGACGACAUGGAGAAGAUCUGGCACCAUACCUUCUACAACGAGCUGCGUGUUGCCCCCGAGGAGCAUCCCACCCUGCUGACGGAGGCUCCUCUCAACCCCAAGGCCAACAGGGAGAAGAUGACACAGAUCAUGUUUGAGACCUUCAACGUCCCCGCCAUGUACGUGGCCAUCCAGGCCGUGCUGUCCCUCUACGCCUCCGGACGUACCACGGGUAUUGUGCUGGAUUCUGGUGACGGUGUGACUCACAACGUGCCCAUCUACGAGGGCUACGCUCUGCCUCAUGCCAUCAUGCGUCUGGACUUGGCAGGCCGGGAUCUGACCGACUACCUCAUGAAGAUCCUGACCGAGCGUGGAUACUCCUUCGUAACAACUGCUGAGCGUGAGAUUGUGCGUGACAUCAAGGAGAAACUUUGUUACGUUGCUCUGGACUUUGAAAAUGAAAUGGCCACCGCUGCUUCCUCCUCCUCCCUGGAAAAGAGCUAUGAGCUGCCAGACGGUCAGGUCAUCACCAUCGGCAACGAGCGUUUCCGCUGCCCAGAGACACUCUUCCAGCCCUCCUUUAUUGGGAUGGAGUCUGCAGGCAUCCAUGAGACUGCUUACAACAGCAUCAUGAAGUGUGACAUUGACAUCCGUAAGGACCUGUAUGCCAACAACGUGCUGUCCGGUGGUACCACCAUGUACCCGGGUAUCGCUGACCGCAUGCAGAAAGAGAUCACAGCUCUGGCUCCCAGCACCAUGAAGAUCAAGAUCAUUGCCCCUCCGGAGCGCAAGUACUCAGUGUGGAUCGGUGGCUCCAUCCUGGCCUCCCUCUCCACCUUCCAGCAGAUGUGGAUCAGUAAGCAGGAGUACGAUGAGGCUGGACCCAGCAUUGUCCACCGCAAGUGCUUCUAAACACGGCGCCUCCGAAACCUCCAGUUAGAGAUCCAAAGCAGGACACUGCUGUCCCAGGACUCUUAACGAGAUGGUUAUUGUUCACCUGCAGGGAUCAAACAGCUUUUUGUACAUAAGUAAUUUAUUCCUUCUCGGAUGAAUGUGAUGUUUGAGUGUGAAUGAAUUCUGGCGUGCAGAUGAGCUUUAAGGCAUGACACAAUCCAGCUUGGAGCAACUGAAUGAAAGAAGAAACAGAAAUGACCAAAAACAAACAGCGUUUAAAGCAAAUAAA